AUGCAGCACUCCCUGCGAUGGCAACACUCCUUGCGAAGGCAGUAUUCCUUGCGAAGGCUGCACUCCCUGCGAACGCAGCUCGCCCUACGAAGGCAGCACACCUCCGCAAGGAAUGCUGCCUUCGCAGGGAGUGCUGCCUUCGCAAGGAGUGCUGCCUUCGAUAGUAGUGCUGCCUUUGUACAGAUUGCUGCCAUUGCACGGAGUGCAGCCUUGACUCAGAGUGCAGCCUUCGCACGUAGUGCUGCCUUCGCACGGAAAGCAGCCUUCGCACAGAGUGCUGCCUUUGCACAGAGUGCUGCCUUUGCAAGGAGUGCUGUCCUCGCAAGCCUCGCAAGGAGUGCUGCCUUCGCAAGGAGUGCUGCCUUCGCUAGGAGUGCUGCCUUCGCAGGGAGUGCUGCCUUCGCAAGGGGUGGUGCCUUCGCAUGGAGUGCUGCCUUCGCUAGGAUAGCCGCCUUCGCACGUAGUGCUGCCUUCGCACAGAGUGCUGCCUUUGCACAGAGUGCUGAUUUCGCAAGGAGUGCUGCCUUUUCAAGGAGUGCUGCCUUCGCACGGAGUGCUGCCCUUGCACUGAGUGCUGGUUUCGCAAGGAGUGAUGCCUUUGCACAGAGUGAUGCCUUUGCACAGUGUGCUGCCUUCGCAAGGAGUGCUUCCUUCGCAGGGAGUGCUGCCAUCGGUCGGAGUGCUGCCUUCGCAGGGAGUGCUGCCUUCGCAAGGUGUGGUGCCUUCCCAAGGAGUGCUGCCUUCGCAGGGAGUGCUGCCUUUGCAAGGAGUGCUGCCUUCGCAAGGAGUUCUGCCUUUGCAAGUAGUGCUGCCUUCGCAUGGAGUGCUGCCUUCGCAAUGAAUGCUGCCUUCGCAAGGAGUGCUGCCUUCGCAAGGAGGCCUGCAUUUUUAAGGAGGGCUUCCUUUGCUGGGAUUGCUGCCUUCGCAAGGGGUGGUGCCUUCGCAAGGAGUGCUGCCUUCGCAGGGAGUACUGCCUUUGCAAGGAGUGCUGCCUUUGCAAGGAGUGGUGCCUUCGCAAGUAGUGCUGCCCUUGCAAGGAGUGCUGCCUUCGCAAUGAGGGCUGCCUUCGCAGGGAGUGCUGCCUUCGCAAGGGGUGUUGCCUUUGCAAGGAGUGCUGCCUUCACAGGGACUGCUGCCUUUGCACAGAGUGCUGCCUUCGCAAGGAGUGCUGCCUUCGCAAGGAGUGCUGCGUUUGCUAGGAGUUCUGCCUUCGUAGGGAGGGCUGCCUUUGGAAGGGAUAGUGCCUACGCACGUAGUGCUGCCUUUGCAUGGAGUGCUGCCUUUGCAUGGAGUGCUGCCUUUGCAAGGAGUGCUGCCUUUGCAAGGAGUGCUGCCUUCGCAAGGAGUGCUGCCUUCGCAAGGAGUGCUGCCUUUGCAAGGAGGGCUGCCUUCGCAGGGAGUGUUGCCUUUGCAGUGAGUGCUGCCUUCGCAAGGAGUGGUUCCUACGCACGUAGUGCAUCCUUCGGACAGAGUGCUAAUUUUGCACAGAGUGCUGCCUUUGCACGGAGUGCAGCCUUCGCACGUAGUGCUGCCUUUGCACAGAGUGCUCCCUUCGCAAGGAGUGCUGCCUUCGCAAGGAGUGCUGCCUUCGCAAGGAGUGCUGCCCUCGCAAGGAGUGCUGCCUUCGCAAGGAGUGCUGCCUUCGCAAGGAGUGCUGCCUUCGCAAGGAGUGCUGCCUUCGCACGGAGUGCUGCCUUCGCACGGAGGGCUGCCUUCGCACGGAGUGCUCCCUUCGCACGGAGUGCUGCCUUUGCACAGAGUGCUGCCUUUGCACAGAGUGCUGCCUUUGCACAGAGUGCUGCCUUCGCAAGGAGGGCUGCCUUCGCAAGGAGUGCUGCCUUCGCAAGGAGUGCUGCUUUGGCACGGAGUGCUGCCUUUGCUAGGAGUGCUGCCUUUGCUAGGAGUGCUGCCUUUGCAAGGAGUGCUGCCUUCGCUAGGAGUGCUGCCUUCGCUAGGAGUGCUGCCUUCACUAGGAGUGCUGCCUUCGCAGGGAGUGCUGCCUUCGCUAGGAGUUCUGCCUUUGCACGGAGUGCUGCCUUCGCUAGGAGUGCUGCCUUCGCACAUAGUGCUGCGUUCGCACGGAGUGCUGCCUUUGCACAGAGUGCUGCCUUCACAAGGAAUGCAGCCUUCAUACGGAGUGCUGCCUUUGCACAGAGUGCUGUCUUCGCACAGAGUGCUGCCUUCGCACGAAGUGCUGCCUUCGCAUUAAGUGCUGCCUUUGCGCAGAGUGCUGCCUUCACAAGUAGUUCUGCCUUCGCAGGGAGUGCUGCCUUCGCUAGGGGUUGUGCCUUCGCACGUAGUGCUGCCUUCGCACGGAGUGCUGCCUUUGCAGGGAGUGCUGCAAUGCUUGCUGUCUUGGCAAUGCUUGCUGCAUUGGCAGGGCUUGCUGCCUUGGCAAGGCUGCUGUCUUGA